UGAUAUUAUAUAUUACUAUUACUUGAUAUUCACCCUCUAGUGACGUCCACCCUCUAUUAAAGCAACUCUGAAAUCAAAGCACUAGAAUAGCUGUGAGCCUUAAGCUUGGUUUUAAGACUGACUUUGUACAAAUCACUACUGGAUUGGACAAAAGGAUCAUUCAUUAAUUGUAUAGAAACUUAGGACUGUAACAUUACUGAUGUCACUUCAACUAGCUGCUAGAUGUCAAUUGUCUGCCAGGCAUUCACAUUCAUCAGCAGUUGUUGGAAACUCCUUAUAUAUAUGGGCUGGCAAAGAAGACAGAUCUAGUGAUGCCGAAAGCAUAAACCACUUCUCUAUUCUUUCUGGUGAAUGGUCCACAAAAGAAACAACUGGAGACCCUCCAUUAGCAGAUUCUGGUUACAGUUGCUCUGUAGUAGCUGACAGAAUAUACUAUUUUGGUGGGCUGAGCACUGAAGAUUAUUCCUAUCACAAUAGCUUGUCAGAAUUAGAUACAAGUAAUCUCAGUUGGACAUCACUGGAAUCAACAGAUCCAGAUAGAGCUGUUAUGAGCAGAGCUUAUGGUGGAACGAUAUCGUUUGAAAAUGAUGGAAUACAUCAUCUGCUGAUGAUAGGAGGGAGAGGGUCAAACCCUGUUGUACCGGUACAAAAUGUUGGUUAUACUAAUAUUGGAACAAAUAAGUGGCGUACUAAUGAACACUCAAUGUAUAAUUUGUUAACAAGUGAGUUUAAAGUUUUAUUUAUCACUGUUACACUGAAUGUAUAA